UUUGGAAAAGAAAAAAAAAAUUGGAAAAUGGUGGGAGUGAAAAAACACACACAAAUACACACAGAGAGAGUGUGAAGUGUAAGCUUGCAUGUGAAUAUAAAAGCAGGUAGAAAUCCCACAUGUCCACAUCUCUUACUUCCUUAAACACGUACCCACCCUACACUUCCACGUGUCAUUUUACAUUGUCAUAUUCUUUCAUGUUGCCUUCCUCUGAUUGGCUGUUUCCCUUCUUUAAAAUUACACCCUUCUCACCACAUUUUUCCUCACCUCUUCACACCCAAAAUUCUUCACCCCCACCGGAAAAAAUUAAAAAAAUUGGUGAUUUGUCAGAGAAAAUAAAAUUAGAGAAUUUUAAUUUUUCUUUUUUUUAUUUUUUUCGAAAAUGAUUCAGACAAUCAACCCCUACGCCACGGCGAGAACUGCUGAAAUCAUGUCCAGGUACCGGCCGAUUGCCCCGAAGCCAGAGUCUCCGGCGACAGGCUCCGCGGCGGAGAACGAUAGCUCCGCCGUGCCGAGUGGUAUACGGAAGUCUCCUUAUCUGAGGAACGUGUGGGCCCACCUCCAGGCGCGUCCGACGAGGACGCGGAAGCGCGGCCGGGCGGCUGCUUUCUCGCCGCCGUCUGUCAAGAGAGCGAGGACUUGUCUACAGGGGCUCGCCUCACCCUACCAGGGUGUGAUUACCGGUUCUCCGGCGAAAAACCUGGCCAUGCAUGGGUUCAGUCACGCCGCCGCGGCGGCGGCAAAUGGGCAGAUGGGUCAGUUCUCUCUUGUUCCGCUCAACUGCGGGCCUCGACACCGCCGUCACAACCCUGGCGGAGUCGGUGGCGAUGCCGCUCGUAUGCCCCGCCCGCCCCCUGGUACUGUUAUCAACAAGGGGAAAGAGAAGGAGAUAGAUUUGAAUCAAGGCCCUGAAGAACUUGAUUUAUUGUCUGAGCCGGUGAAGCCCAACGUCAUCAUCUCGCCGCGGCCGGUCCGGCCGGUGGGGUCAACCAUAAUCGUGAAGAGCAUCGCCGGCGGUAUCCAAAGUCAAACAACGGUGAAGGGGGCGGAGGAGGUGGAGGAGCUGGCGGAGGCGGAACCAACCCCGGCCAUCGUCUCCGAUUCGAAAAACAAGGUGAGGAUAGCCAACUCGGCGUACAGGGAGAUGGUGGGGCAGCCGGAAUGCGGGUGGCUGGACUGCGCCGCCGGGAAUAGUGUCCCCGGCGGCGCGUGGAGGAGAAUCGGCGGGGAGGUGUCGCUGCAGUUUGUGGACACGGAUCUGCAGCUCUCGGCGCGUGGGUUCACGUGCCGGGUGAAGAUAGUGUGGGAGAGUGAAGGGAAGAACAAAUGCGUGGAAGCUUCUUGCGUGGGGGUGAGAUUAGCGUGUGAGGCUAAGGAUUAUCAGUUCUUGUGGAGGUUUCACAUUGUUGACGAUGAAUCAAUAUCGGAAUCUGCUAAUUCCGACAAUUGA